AUGGCCAAAGCAAAGGCCAGACGAAUAUUCUUACUUAAAUGCAAACAUAAUAAAUUAUGCCCAACAUUUUUGAAACUAAAAACAGACCACAUUGACUACAGCUGCAGAUAUCUCACUGAGAAGUAUGAGAGACUGAAGAACAAUUUUAUUUACCGGACAAUAAACCUUUUAAUUACUGACACAACCAAAACUAUAAACAGAUUAGAAGAAGAAAUCAUGAAAAUACUCAACGAAUUCGAAAAUCUCAAAGGAAGGAAUCUAAGAGAGACCCUAGAACACAAUGUGAACCAAGCAAUAAAGUAUAAAACUAACCAUCACAAAUCCAUUCAUGACAAAAAAAUCGAGAAACUAACAAAAUCUCAGAAAGAAAAUAAGGAAGUUAAUAAAGACUCAACAAGAAUAGUUAACUUAACGCAGAUCACAUUACCUGAAUUCGUGACAAAAACACUCAACUUGGGCCCAAAAUAUGCCAUGGAAAUAGAUAGAGAACAUGAAAUUCCAACGUUCGAUAUAGUCACCCAAAUAGAAUGUUCAAUUGAAGAAUUGCCAAAAGAAGAUCAAGACAAUAUCCGAACAAACAUCACACAUGCCCUCAAUACACACAAAAAACAAUUAAAAAGUAGAAAACAGAAAACAAAUUGCAUUAAAUCAAAUUUUAUAAAAACAAAAACAUUCCUGAAAGACAACAAUGAUCUACAAGUCAUCAAAGCAGACAAGGGCAAUAAAAUAGUGAUUAUAUCCAAACAUGAGUAUGAUGAAAAAAUGCUGCAACUUUUAGAUGAUACAACAACUUACAAAAAUACUAAAAAAGAUAUGACAGUUACAAUGGAAAAAGAAAACAACAGAAUAAUCAAAGAAUGGCUACAGGAGAACUUUAUCACAGCACAAGAGGGAAAAACCAUGAUUACCCACAAUAGUAAAAUUCCAAAAAUUUAUGGAUUGCCAAAAGUUCACAAGAAAAAUAUACCACUGAGGCCGAUAGUUUCAUUCAUACAGUCACCAUUGUACAAAAUAUCGAAAUUUAUCGCUAACACCCUUUCAAAAGCAACAAACACCAACAAAUAUUACAUUAAAAACUCCUUCCAUUUAAAAAAAUCACUAAAAGAUAUCAAAAUACAAAAUAACCAGCGCUUGUACUCAUUAGAUGUAAAGUCACUCUACACGAACAUCCCCAUUGACUUGGCAAUACAGGCAAUUGAAAAUAAGUGGGAGAUAAUAUCACAACACACAAAAAUACCCAAAGAGAAAUUUAUCGAAACAAUCCAAUUCAUCAUGAACAACAGCUAUUUCCAAUAUAAAAACAACUUCUAUAAACAGACUAAAGGAGUGGCCAUGGGUAACCCACUAUCAAGCCCUAUAGCCCAGUUAGUCAUGGAAUUCAUCGAAGAAAAAAUCAUGAGACAGUAUCAAACAUCAUUCUACAAAAGAUAUGUAGAUGACUCCUUUUUAAUAACAACACCAUCCGAAAUGAAUGAGAUCCUCCACCAUUUUAACAACAUCCAUGACUCAUUAGAGUUCACACUAGAAGAGGAAAUUAACAACAGAUUAAACUUCCUAGAUAUGACAUUCGUGAGAGAAAAUGAAAAACUAUUAACGCAGUGGUACAGAAAAGAACAAAAUUCCAUUCACAUUUUAGACUUCCACUCUAAUCACCACCAGUCCCAAAAGAAGAGCACUGCCAUCGGAUUUAUCGACAGAGCAUUAGAACUAACGUCACCGAUACUACGUGAGCAGAUAUUAACAGAUGUGAAGGAGCUUUUGUUCAGUAAUAAUUACCCUGAAAACAUGGUUUACCGACUCAUAAAACAAAGGACACACAGACUUUACAACACACAACGGGUUACGAAGGCAAACACGGACAACAGCAAACGUAUACCACUACCCUUCAUUCAAGGUCUGUCACAAAAAAUUAAUAAUAUAGUAAAACCAUACAACCGAGAAGUUGUUCACAAGCCUCAAAAUCAGAUAGGAAAAAUUUUCAGCAAAAUAAAGGCUCCAACACCAAAAAUGAAAAAGUCACAUGUGGUGUACAGUGUCCCAUGCAAAGAUUGUGACAAAGAAUAUAUAGGUCAGACUUCACAGAGACUCCAAGAACGAUUAAAUGCACAUAAAUACACCAAAAAUGCAACCACAGCACUGAACAAACAUAAGAAAACGAAAAAACACGACUUUAAUUAUGAGGACACAAAAAUCUUAGCAGUUGAACAUCAACAGAAAAGUAGAGAAAUAUUGGAGAUGAUACACAUCCAAAUGAGAAACGAAAAUACAGUAAACGACAAGUUAGACACAAAAAAUCUCAGUCGUAUUUAUAUGCCCCUACUGAAGCGACCACAAAAUUAA